AUCACAAUCUAAAUAAAGACCUCAUAAUGACACACACUAACUGUAAACUGCUAAAUUAAGAGACUUUGAAUGUAUUUAUUAUUACUAGAGUUACUUUUCCAAUAUACAGUAUAUCCUUGCACACAUUUGAAAAACUUUGACAAACUUUCAGUUUUCCUUCCAGGAUCUCUGCAGGUCUCAACGUUGUUAUUAUUUGCUUCAAAAGACUAUCCAUACUUAACUGUUAAUCUAGUGACAAUGUAUGAAGGACCAUGAAAAAUCUUAAUUAUUGCAUACUCUCAUAACACUUAUGACGAGAGUUGUGUUCAUCUUAACACAAUGAACUUGCAGUAAUGGCCAAAGCAUGCCUAAAUAUGACACAAACUUCAAAUGUAUAGUGUUUUUGUUUGAUUUUUGUGGAUAGUCAUGAAUUCGGAGGAGAAUGAGGUGGAGAGCAGCAGUGAUGCAGGUCCCUCGGGGAUGGAGGAACCGUCUGAAAGCGGCAUGGGUAUGGAGUCAUCAGAGGCCAUGUCUGCAGACAGCAGUGAUGCAGCUGCCUCUCAUGCACAGGCCCCAGAAUCUGACUGCCAUGUGGGUCAGAGCUCAGAGGGACUUGUGGUGUUUGCCCCAGAAACCAGCUCCAGUACAGACGUCAGAGUUUCAUCAGUCCACCUCCCUGACUCCUCCUCAGUGGCCCAGUCCACCAGCGUGUCCAGCGUCUCCACAGUGACUCAGUCAGUGCUGGUGUCUGAGUCAGCCCAAGUACUGGUCCACUCAAGUGCUGCAUCUGAAAGAGCCAUGAUGGUUUCUGACUCAACUGCUUCUACCUCGUCAGACCUCGGGUCUGCCAUUGACAAGAUCAUUGAGUCCACCAUCGGCCCUGACAUCAUGAAUGGCUGCAUAGCUGGGACCAGUGCAGAAAAUGGAGGUGCAGAAACAACCCGGUAUCUGAUAUUACAAGGACCAGAUGACGGGGCUCCUAUGGUAGCCCAGAUGUCAUCGUCGGCCCUCUCUAAUCGUAUAGCCAUAGAAGCUCUCGCUGAAGGGCCCACGUCCACCUGUCUGGACCAGGGAGACCUGCAGGGCAACAUUGAACCUGAUCAGCCUGGUCACUCUGGUUACCCAGAGGACAGCAGCAGUCAGCCUGACCAGCCCCAGCACUCCCACCCCUCCCAGUAUAUGGACUGCAGUGCAGAUGGUCCAGACCAGACAGGGGAGUCUUCAUCUUCCUACGUGGAGUGUUCAGGCGAGGAACCCGACCAGACGCGCUCCCAGUCAGGUUUCCCUGACUACAGCGGUGAUAACAGUGACCAGGAUCUGCCUGGAUAUGUGGAAUGCAGUGGGGCUGACUCAAACCUGACCAGCCGACAUCACUAUGUGGUGGAGUGCAGCUCUGGGUAUCUGGAGUGUGGGAUGGACGAGGGAGAGCAACCGCAUCAUUCACGCAGUUACAUUGACAGUAGUGGGGACCACCGGACCCAGACAAGUCGGCAGUAUGGGGCAGAGUAUGGAGGAGACUGUGUUGCAGCUGCAGACUCUGAGCAACCAGGUUGUUCUCAGUAUCAAGCGAGAGACGACGACGAUGAUGACGAUGACGAGCGGAACCAGGAUCCAGACCAGCCGCAGCACUCCCAACAGCAGCCGCAGCACUCCUGUUACAUGGAAAGCAGCAAUGGUCCAGAGGCCUCUCUCUAUGCCGAUGACAGCUCCUCAUCAGACCACCCUCUGGCAGACACGGCAGGUUCAGGUGGGCUUCCUGAGGCAUUGGAGUGCAGCGAGAGCCAGCCUGGGCCCUACAUCAGCAGCAGUGGGACAUACACCUCCAAUCCAGAGUCUGGAUCUGAGCUGCCCCAACAAUACUCACCCAGCCAAGAGGAGCCCCAAGGCUCCCAGGGGCCUCAGGAUGAAGCUGGGCUGGUCAGAGAGAUGGAGACAUCAACAGUGGCAGAAUGCUCCGGACACAGACCGCCAAACCUGGCUGAGUUGGAGGAGAUGAUGGAAGUAGUGAUUGUACAGCAGUUCAAGUGUAAAAUGUGUCCAUACAAGAGUGCCUCCAAAGACACACUAAUCAACCACAUGAGAGACAAACACUUCAGACCUGCAGGGGACAUGUCAAAAAAGCGUAAACGUGGACGGCCUCCGAAAAGUGAGACGUUUGCCCGUCGUCAGGCAGAGAGGGAAGAAGCUGAAGAGAGGAACGCAGCAAAGGCGAAGGCUGCUCAGCCCCAAAAGGCAGAGGAAGAGGAGGAGGAUAUUGUGGAUGCUGGUGCUAUUGAUGAUCCUGAAGAGGACAGUGACUACAACCCUGCAAACGAUGACUGCAACGGAAGACCACCUGCCAUCAUAAAGAAGCCUGCUCCUCCUAUCUCUUCCUCCUCUCAAGGGCGUCCUCGACGUAAGGUUGGCCGUCCAAGGAAGUACAGCCUUCUAGAAGAAGGCUACAGCAGCAAAGAAGCAGAGAGUAUUGCUAAGAAGCCCAGAGUGGGUGCGGAUGCUAGUGUACCUGAAGAGGCAAGCUCCUCCGGGCUAAACAAUGGUCCUGCUAUAGGGACAGAUGGAGACACAGCUGAGGCAGCAAUAAGCCAAUCAGACUCUGAGAACAAAGACCCUUCAUCCAACACACAGCCAGAGGAAUUCUUUGAGAGGAAACGCGGCCGACCCUCAAAGCGUUUUCUUCGCAAGAAGUAUAAGAAAUAUAUAAAUCGAAAUCGGUACUAUAAAUCCCUGAAACCGCUGCUGAGACCUCACAACUGCUGGAUCUGUGGCUCACGCUUCCUCACUCAAGACGAUUUGCACUUCCACGUGGACUCUCAUGAAAGCAAUGACCCAGAGCUCUUUAAGUGCCUGCAGUGCAACUAUCGCUGCAAGCGCUGGUCUUCACUCAAGGAACACAUGUUCAAUCAUGAGGGCACCAAGCCGUUUAAGUGUGAGGAGUGUGAUUACACAAGUGUCUACAAGAAAGAUGUCAAUCGGCACUCAGCAAUCCACAACAAAGACAAGAAGAGAAAGACCGAGUUGGUACCAAAGGUGUCAGAGUUCCUCUGCCCUGUGUGUCACAGGGUUUACCCCAUGCAGAAGAGACUCACCCAGCACAUGAAGACCCACAGCUCAGAGAAACCACAUAUGUGUGAUAAGUGUGGCAAAUCCUUCAAGAAGCGGUACACAUUCAAAAUGCACCUGCUGACUCACAUCCAGAGUCUUGGAGACAGCAAGUUCAAGUGUGAAUUUUGCGAUUACACUUGUGACAACAAGAAGCUGCUGCUCAACCAUCAGCUCUCCCACACCAACGACCGGCCCUUCAAGUGUGACUACUGUAAAUACUCCACUUCUAAAGAGGAGUUCCUGGUCUCCCAUCUGGCCAUCAAACACACAGGGGAGAAGCCUUUCUCCUGUGACAUGUGCCACUUCACGACCAAGCACAGGAAGAACUUGCGUCUACAUGUGCAGUGUCGCCACCCUGAGACGUUUGACGAGUGGUCUGUGACACACCCUGAGGAGCCUGUCAGGAGGCGCCGCAGGCCCUUCUUCACGCUGCAGCAGAUAGAGGAGCUCAAACAACAACAACAACAUGAUGACACACAGGAUUUGCAGAACACUAUUGUUGCAGUGGAUUCUGCGACACUACAAGCCAUGCAGGGUAUGGAAAAUGCUUCAGUGACCCAGGACGCAAUGGGAAACACCACCAUCAUCUAUGAACAAGUUGAAUCCGGCGACCAAUCCGCCCAGAAUGCCCUUGACCUGCUGCUGAAUAUGAGCAAUGCCCGGGAAUUGGUUGGAAACGCCUUACAGGUGGCGGUGCUGAAUUCAGAGGGCAAAGCUUUGGAAAAGGGCACGUGGAGCACAGUGACCACAGCAUCGGGCCAGGCACAAAAGGUUGUGACCUUCCACGUGUCUGAGAACGGUGAGACGGUGCUACAAGAGGCCUUCGAGACAGCCACCUCUGAAACAGGAGAGCUGACCCAGAUUGCCAUCGAAGCCUACGAGAGCGGAGGGGACUUCAGUGUGGUGGAACAGGCGGCUGAAGAGAUCGACAGCCCUGAAUACAGUAACGAUGAGAGCAGUCCUUCUCAGGCUUUAGACGACUCCGGGGCAGAGAGCCUGAAAAGUGAGAAGUACUACCUAACGUCAGCACUGCCUGAUGGUGUUCUACAACAGGUGGAGCUGAGCAGCGAAGCUCCAGCCUCUCCCUCUGCUGUGAGCUCUCCCGGUCAGAGCACCAAGAGGUUUUCCUGCCGAAUAUGCAUGGAGUCUUUCCACGGACGCUCUGACAUGGAGAACCACAAGAGGGCACACUUGGACCCCAACACCUUCAAGUGUCCCGAUUGUGAUUUCACCUCUACAUCCUGGCAGGAGGUCAAGGCUCACAUGGAGCUGCAUUCCUACUUGCGCCCUCACAAGUGUCCAAGCUGUAGCUUUGCCUCCAAGAACAAGAAAGACUUGCGGCGACACAUGAUGACACACACCAAUGAGAAACCGUUCUCUUGCAAACUUUGUGGUCAAAGGUUUAACCGUAAUGGACAUCUAAAGUUUCACAUGGAGCGUCUCCACAAUCAGGAUAAUCCUGCUCGCAAGUGCCGUACCCCCACGUCUCAGCAAACCAUCAUAGUGAAUAGUGACGAGGAGGCCCUUGCCACGCUACAAUCCUUACAGGCACAUCAGACAGUGAUCACUCCAGAGCGGUUGCAGGCCCUCGGACAGGAGCACAUCAUUGUAGCUCAAGAACAGGCACUAUCAGACCAGGAGGAGGGCACAUACAUCCAGCAGAUAACCACCAUAGACGGACAGACAGUUCAGCACCUGAUGACAGGAGAGAACCAGGUGACUGAGGUUCAGUACAUCAUCUCGCAGGAUGGCGUGCAGCACUUGCUCCCUCAGGAGUAUGUGGUGUUAGCUGAUGGCAACCACAUACAGAUGCCAGAUGGACAGCUCAUCCAGUAUGAGCACGACGGGACCUUUCUGCAGGAGCAACAGAUUACUGUAAGCCAUGACGGUCAGAUCCAGUACCUUCCUAUGAGCUCGGAGCAACAGAUGGUGAAUCCUGAAGAUAUGGAGGCCGCUGACAAUUCUGCUGUCACAGCAGACACAGCCAUGGCUCAGACCCAGACAGUCUACACUGAAGCUACACCUGAACAGCUGGAGCAGCUGCAGCAGCAAGGCAUCCACUAUGACGUCAUCACCUUCACAGAGGAAUAGACGGCUUCUUAAACCUGCUGGGAUACAAAUGACUAGAAACCAGUAUGAGCUGACAAGUACCGUGACCUCAACUUAUUUAUGCAUUCAGCUGGCUGUGAACUAAAACACCAUCUCCUCCACACUGUCACCUGCUCGGCGGCAGUUGCACUGUUCAAUAGGAUCAACGACCUUUUGUAAAUUUUAAUUAUUGCACCCAUUGCUUCUAACUUAAUCAUAGGGGCUGUGUAUUUAAAAGUUCAUUUAGCAAGGUUGGUCUGUUCUGUAAUUAUUAAAAAAAUAUUCUUGUUUACAUGCCUCAACUGCCUCCAUUUGCAAGACAAUGUUAUCAAAGAAAAUGAAACGGCUUACAACGUGCUUUAGAAAAUACACCGAGCGUCCAAAGGAACAUUUUAGGUUUUGAGUGGGGUGAAAGGAAAAGGGAGUGAUUGUUUUUGCUCUGUUAUAAUAAUGUCAAUUGUUAGAAUGCCACAACAUUCUGUUUACUAAAUAUGAAUAUGUACAUACCUUUUGCAUUUGUUUUCUGUUCCGCGAUGGAGGAUAUGUUUUGAUUUGGUGACUAUGAAGUGUUUAAUAAGCUGAAAGCUGACACCAAAUAAAUCACUUUGUGUAUA